CUGCAAAACCUCGGAGCGCAAGAGCCGUGGUGCCAAAGCGGAGGCAAGAAGCCGAGGGGUGGCCAAGGAGAAGACGCUGGAGUGCGGCCAGAUAGUCUGGGGCCUGGCCUUCAGUGCAGAGGGAGGGGAGACGGACCCUGCCUGCGCCAGGGGCCUCCCCUGUUUGAUCCUGGCCACUGGGCUCAAUGACGGGCAGAUCAAGGUCUGGGAGGUGCAGACAGGACACCUCCUCUUCAGCCUCUUGGGGCACCAGGACGUCGUCAGAGACCUGAGCUUCGCUCCCAAUGGAAGCCUCAUCCUUGUGUCAGCCUCUCGGGACAAGACCUUGCGUGUCUGGGACCUGAGCAGAGAUGGGCGGCAGGUCCAGGUGCUGUCGGGCCAUGUGCAGUGGGUCUACUGCUGCUCCAUCUCCCCAGACUGCAGCAUGCUCUGCUCUGCCGCUGGAGAGAACUCUGCGCUGCUGUGGAGCAUGCGGUCCUAUACCCUCAUCCGACGGCUGGAGGGCCACCAGAGCAGUGUGGUGUCGUGUGACUUCUCGCCGGACUCGGCACUCCUCGUCACUGCCUCCUACGACGCCUGCGUCAUCAUGUGGGACCCCUACACAGGGGAGCAGCUGAGGACGCUGCGCCACGUCCCCUUGCACUCAGCGCUGGACUACAGCAGUGAAGUCCACACCAGCUCCCUGCGCUCCGUCUGCUUCUCCCCUGAGGGCCUCUACCUGGCCACGGUGGCGGAUGACCGGCUCCUGAGGAUCUGGGCGUUGGAGCUGCGCUCUCCAGUCGCGUUUGCUCCCAUGACCAACGGCCUGUGCUGCAUGUACUUCCCCCAUGGCGGCUUCAUUGCCACAGGGACCAGAGACGGCCACGUUCAAUUCUGGACAGCUCCAAGGGUCCUCUCGUCGCUCAAGCACUUGUGUCGCAAAGCUCUGCGCACCUUCCUGACGACGUACCAGGUCCUUGCGCUCCCCAUUCCCAGGAAGCUGAAGGAAUUCCUCACUUACCGGACUUUUUAA